UUUAAUCGUUCCUAUAUAAGAGGCGACAGCCAUAUUUUCUAUAGGUAUUAAACUGGGAGAGGUCGGCCCAUAAUAAGGCCGUGAUACUUGACAUCAGAACUGGACGUCGAAUAGCCAUUGUUUACAACAGAAUAUGCAGGCCAUCAAAUGUGUUGUAGUGGGAGACGGAGCUGUUGGUAAAACAUGUCUCCUGAUCAGUUACACAACAAAUGCCUUCCCUGGAGAGUACAUCCCCACAGUGUUUGACAACUAUUCUGCGAAUGUUAUGGUAGAUGGUAAACCAAUCAACUUGGGACUCUGGGAUACAGCUGGGCAGGAAGAUUAUGACAGAUUAAGGCCAUUGUCCUACCCUCAGACUGAUGUCUUCCUGAUCUGUUUCUCUCUUAUAAGUCCUGCAAGUUUUGAAAAUGUCCGAGCAAAGUGGUAUCCAGAAGUCAGUCAUCACUGUCCAAACACACCCAUCAUUCUAGUAGGAACAAAGCUCGAUUUGAGGGAAGACAAGGAGACCAUUGAGAAGCUGAAGGAGAAGAAGUUGUCGCCAAUUACCUAUCCUCAGGGCUUGGCCAUGGCCAAGGAAAUCAGCGCUGUCAAGUACCUCGAAUGCUCAGCUCUCACCCAGAAAGGCCUCAAAACAGUAUUUGAUGAGGCAAUCCGAGCGGUCUUAUGUCCAAAACCGAAGCCGAAAAACAAAAAGAAAUGUAUACUCCUUUAAUCACAUAAACAUUUAUUUCAAAGAAUUAUAAGGGAGGGAUAUCAAAACACAAACUGAACGGGAAGACAAGAGUGAAACUUGAUAGUUUCUAACUGUGCUAUCGAAUAGGAUACAAGUUCAAUGAAGGAAACCAGAAGAAAUGGUUACAUGGAUGAGCAAAUGGUAUGAACAGGAUGCAUGAUUAGAUGUUCCUCGGUAAUCAUCUGGUAAAAUCUGUAUAAAUCCUUUAUCAGUUUUUAUAUAUAAGAUAUAAUCACAAGUAUGAUAUAAUAUGCAGCAUUGUAUGCAAUGAAAGUUAACUUGCCUUGGUAGGAGUUGUAGGAUGUUAAUGGUGAGUGGAGCGUUCUCCUGAUGCAGGAUUAACAUACCAGCGGUUACUUGUUGUACAUGUUGUGGAUCUGUAAACAAUGUUAAAGUGCCCUUGUGUCCUCGCUCAGCUUUCAUCUUAGUGUGCUGCUCUCGUUAGAUCAUACAUUUGCUCAUAUUAUUCCUUUUAAAAUCUUUUGAUGAGAGUUCUGCUUAUAGCUAUUCAGUGCAUGGAUGUACUCUGAUUGGCCCUUGAAUAUUUCUUUUGUGAUUCUAAUAUACAAAGCUACUUAUUUUAUAGAUUUAGUAUGUGUUAAAAUCAUCUUGGUUUCUUUGAUAUCCACACCUGAAAAUGAUUUCCGAGGGUAGAUUGUUGUAUUUUAGCACAAUUUUAUUGGUAGCCAUUUAUACUAAGAAAUUAAACAUGUAUUAAUUAUAAUAGAAAACUUGAUUAAUUACAUAUUUUGGAAGGUAUAUAUAUAUAUAUAUAUAUUGAAAACAAAUUCUAGCUUUUUAGAAGCAGGUAUGUUGCUUUUUGUAAACUGUAUGUAUAACUGUGGCAUUGCCUUUGUACAUGGUUAAAUAAGUAGCAUUGCUUUUGUAUUACACUUUAAAAUUCUAUCAGUGUUAGGGCAAGAUGUGGUCAACAUUUUUCUCCAGAAUAUCUUGGUUAUCUCCCUUACAGUACAUACUUUGUUACUUGCACCUCUCCAUGUGAAGUAAUGUCUAAAACCUGCUUAGCAUCUUAACAAUUCAGCUUAAUUGUUGCAAACACAAGCAUGUAUGAAGAAAGGGAUUUCACCAUAUAUUCCUACUUAUUUUGAUUCCAUUUAAUCAUCUUACAGAUGUUUUAGAUCUAUAGAUAGAAUGUACUUGUUAUGUUUCACAUUGUAAAUAAAAUUUUACUUUUUAAGAAUUUUCGUCCUAUAAAAUCUCUUGUAUCUCUUACAUUAUAUAAACAAACUUUUAUUAGAUUAUAAAAGUACAUGGUGUGUACCAAUAUAUUUACAAUGUGCAUGUUAAAUUGUGGUGAAGAUGUUAUAGAUCGAGUGAACAGUAUACAUAUGAAUGUGGUCAGAAUAACUUAAGUAUAUUUUCAAAUAACUUUAAAUAACUUGUCCAUACAUGGAAGGUCAACAAUCACGUGUGAUCACUAAAAACUGAUAAUCACCUGGCACUUCGAUUAAGUUCAAGUAAAAAUAACUCAACCCAUGGUCCCUGUUUUUGUUGUUGCCAGUUAAUUUUUUGUUUAAACUGCAUUACUGCAUACUGUACUAUAUUUUGGAAUGAUGGUGUUUGACGGUGACUAGGAAUAAUUUCUACACCGGUAAUUUGUUUGUUUUGUUGUUCUAUCAAUGGAUAUAGACAAACACAGCAGUAAACUUGUGGUGAGCUGAUGUUUACAGCUGUCUGUGAGACCCGUUGUUUUGUGUGUACUGUUCAGCUUUUGUUUAUGAUUAAAGUGCUUGGUUUUACAUUAUACCACACUACAAGUGUCAUGUUUGUAUAGUUACUACUAUUGUAUAUGUACUGUAUAUCUUUAUAAGGUUAAAGUAAAAGCAAGCAGUGUAUUGUUUCAUCCUGGAGAUGAGUUUUCUGUUAGGCAUUUCGAUCCAAAGGUUUCUUUUUUUCAAUCCCUUCUUGUGACAGUGUUUAGUUAUGUUAAACAUACAGAACCUUUUUCACAGAAAGUGUGUGAAAAUUUAUUACUGUAAUAUAAGAAAAACUAACAUUGACAGAAAUGUUAUUUUUCCCAGUAUCUGUUGUUAGGUGAUCCAGGGUGAAGAAGUGGAUUAUGUGUAGGGCUGGAGUGUAUAAACCCUAUAAUGUUAUCAGAAUUGUAAAUGGGCAUAUGUACCAAUAUACUAUCUAAUCCUCAUCAAUAUUCUAAUGAUUCAAUAUCUGGGAUUAUUUAAAGACUUAUUUCCAUUAAUGGCAACUUUAGAUAAUCUAUAGAGGACUUCUAACCCCCCUCCUAAUAUUUAACAAAUUACUAUUAUUAAGAAAAAGUAUAAAAGUGUGUUUUAGCUGUAUAUCUUAUUGGUGCUUGUCUUUAUUUGAGGUAUUAAAAGAGCCUUUAAACCUGUAAAUGUUUCAGACUUGACAAAUGAAACACCCAAAGAGUAUAACUGCUGCUAUCAACAUACAGUCGUCACUUCAUUGUUUGUCAGUGUGACUGAUGAUACUGUAUUCAGUUUAAUUUUAAAUUAUGUUUAAGUUAAUGCUUUAGUUCUUAAUUUUUUUAUACCUUUUGUAGUCUUUAUAAAUGGGCUAUGUAGCACACUGUUAGCUUUUGACAUUAUUUCUUUCUUUCUUUUUUUUUUUAAGUAUCUUGAUGUAACUAAUUAUUGGCAUUGUAUUAGGUUAUGAUUUAGCUGGUAUACAUUCUAUGGAUUCUUCCAUGGAAUAUAGUGUUAGUUAAGCAUGAUUCCAGACAUAUUGCUUUCAAACAAUCAUUGGGGAGAUUGUGUAGAUAAUACCAUGUGUAACAUACAAAUGUUAAAUUUCAGCUCUUUAUGUAAUAAAAUGAUACUUGCUAAUUUCA